AUAUUUGUUAUUCCAGUUCAUGGGAUAUGAAAAUAUCCAACUUAUAUAGUAAAAUAUCCGGACUUCAUAUCAUAUCUUAUCCAGAACGAUAAAUGCCGAUGACCAAAAUUAAACUACCUAUUUUGAUAAUUAAAAUUACUUGUUUAAGAAAAAGUUGAGAAUUAACGAAAUUGUUCGAAUUUAAAAACCUCCUCGUCUGCGCAGUCUUCGAGAGUCUAUUCGUAAGUUGUCGGAGCGAGAGAGGGAGAGAGAGAGAGAAAGAGAGCGCUCCAUUUUCAACUGGAUUCUGUCUCAAUGUCGACUUCUCAGUCAAACAACCAAAACCAGCCUUCUUUGAACACAAUGGCAUCACCCCGCCAAGACUCAUUGGCAUUGGUGGUUGUUGAUCAAAAUGAAGGAUCUGCGAAUGCAAACAGCGGAGUGCUACCUGGAGGCGUUUUACAGGCAGAUAUGUUAAUUAACAGUUCUAAGAGACUUCAAGAUGAUCUGCAGUCUCUCGGUCGAAAAAUCAAAAAGCAUGAGGAUAACAUAAAAUCUCUGAAGGCUCAGAAACACAUAUUAGAUGACUCUAUUCUUGAUAAGCAAGUCAUUCUUGGGAAGUAUCAUUCUUCCGCGCCAAUUACCGCUGAAGAUCGUAGCCUUUCCAAUGGAGGUGAGGAGGAAACAACUGAGCAAAUAUUGAAGCAUGAUAAAUCUGCUGCUGGAAUUUGGUGCCAACUUAUAAAUAGUCAUGGCAAUGAGGCUCCCAAUCUUGCUUUAUCCAAGGAUAUCAUCGGCAUAGUUGCUACUCUAGGGAAAGUCGCAGAUGAAAAUCUUAGCAGGCUUCUCUCCGAGUAUUUAGGAGCGGAGACCAUGCUUACCAUUGUUUGCAAGACUCGAGAAGGCAUCAAGGCUUUAGAAACAUAUAAUAGAGACGGCAGUAUUGAUAAAUGUGCUGGUCUUCAUGGGCUUAGUUCUUCUAUUGGGAGGAUUUUAAAUGGAAGAUUUCUCCUUAUUUGCUUAGAAGAACUAAGACCAUAUGUUGGUGAUUUUGUAGCUGAUGAUGGCCAGAGACGGCUUGAUCUCUUUAAGCCCAGAUUUCCGAAUGGGGAAUGUCCACCUGGUUUCCUUGGCUUUGCUGUCAACAUGAUUGACAUAGAUGCCACCCAUUUGGUUUGUUUAACACCCAGCGGUCAUGGUCUCAGGGAGACUCUAUUUUAUCAUCUUUUCUCUCGUGUUCAAGUCUAUAGCACAAGAUUGGAUAUGCUACGUGCUCUUCCUGUAAUCAGUGGUGGAGCCAUCUCCUUGGAUGGUGGAAUAAUUAGAGGUCCUGGCGUGUAUUCCCUAGGCAAGCGGGAGGAUGUUCCUGUGAGAUUUCCAGUACCAUCGGGUGCAUCCAGUCGUCCUGCUAAUUACCGUGUAGUUGAAAAUCAGAUGAGGGACUUGAAGGGGAAAAGGGAAAAACUGCUGGAAGAUUUGCAACGAGAGCGACAAAUGUUGGAUCAUGCUAAACUGGCAUUCGAUAGAAAGAAGCAAGAAUUUGUUAUGUUUCUUGCUCAAAGCUCUUCUUAUGCGACCCAGGUUCAUAUGGGAAGCAACCCCAUGACCCCCAAAUGAAAUUUUUGGAUGAGGAAGAGAUCUUUGCAAUUAAUCAAGCGGAGUAAACCGACGGAAUUUCAAGACGCCCCGACUCAUCUGACUUGUUGUCUUGUUUUAAGUUUUCGGCAGGACUUAUUUCCUAGGUCUAUGGGUUGGAAUAAUGUCUUCGGUUUAAUGCGGUUUAAUUGUAUUUGCAAUGUUCGACUGUA